CAUAAGCCUAUCAUAGUUGUGCGCAUGCGCCUUCUGAAUUCCAGCUUCAAAACAAUGGCGGUAGACGGUUUGACCAUAACAGAGCAGUGGAUCAGAGAAAAACUCAACCUUCAGCACAGCUGUUUAGCGGAUGUCCGAUCGUUGACUCUUCCAGGAACAUAUGAAGGGAAAAUCUGUCAUUUAGGAGCAUCCCUGAAGAACUUCGUGCGUCUGAAGUCACUGGAUCUCUCGCAUAAUGCGCUGGUCACAGUUCAGGGGGUUGAGCAUUUGGAGAUGCUGGAGAGACUGAAUCUGUACUAUAACAGACUGGCGUCUCUGCAGGACAUCUUUUCUCUGCACAAGCUGCAGAAUCUGAAGGAACUGGACUUGCGGCUCAAUCCUGUGGUCAAGAAACACCCGCACUACCGUUUGUACCUGGUCCACGCAAUGACCAAACUCCGCAAGCUCGAUGACUGUCCAGUGCGAGACAGAGAAAGAAAGGCGGCUCUCAUGCAUCUCUCAUCAGAGGCAAAUCUAGACACUAAUCAUAAGAAACAUGCCUUAAUACAAGACACACCGUGCAGCAGUAGUGAGCUGAGAAUAAAAGCGAUGCAGAAGAUGAUGAAGAUGCUCUCGCUUCUCGAAGGGAACGAGGAAGCUGCGCUUAAUGAUGUUUCUAGAAAGACCUGGAAUAGCAAGAGACCUGAAACUCUCUCCGUCCGCUUCGAGAACGAGCGCAGCCCUCGUCUGUUACAGGAAAAUCCUUCCGAAACAGAUAUCAUACAUUUAAUCAAUGAUCCGGAGUGUGAAAGGUUGCCAAAACAAAAUAAGGAGUCAGUUCCCAAGAGCUCGGAUUAUAAAAAAGAGGCUCCUGCUGGUUCUCAGAGAGUGACGUUUGAGAGCCGGAGUCUGACUCACGCUACGGUUCGAGGAGAGAGCGUCUUUACACCACAUCCUACAGACAUGCGGUUCGAUUCGCACGAGGAUGAUUGCACAGCCCUUAAAUGGAGAAACCAGCUUCAGGACAGAGCAAAUCCAGUCCUGCAUCCUCCCAGAUUAACCUACCAGAUCACAGCAACCUCAUCGGCAUCAGAGAGAAAACGCAAACCACAAAAGGGAGCCUACAGGAAGCCCAUGGAGCUGCUCCUCAGCAUGAUGGAGGAGCUCUGGUCUGGGAAGACGGAGAAUCAACAAAACAGGACGCUCCUCAUGAAGAUGGUUCAGAUCCUCAGCAUGAUGGAGCAGGACGUCGUGGGAGGAGAACAGGAGAUACAAACUCUGAAAGAGAUGCUCAAAGCCUUGAAAACACGGACUGAAUUACAGGAAAAUCAGCAUCGGUCUGAGACUGAAGGUCUCAAACUCCAGCUUCAGCAGGCGCAAGAGUCCAUCCAAACCCUUAAUGAACAGAUGAAGAAUGUGCUGGAGGAGAACGUGUCUUUACAGAAACAGCUGAUCAAAGCAGAAAACAAGCUGCUGGCGUCUCGGCUGAAGAAGGUGCCAAACACACAGGAUAGAGGACAGCAGACGGUCCCUGGGGAGUUAAACAUGAAAAAACACACAAUUCAGGAGGGAAACGGAGCAAGUGAGCCACAGGAGAGCUACAGGUCUUUGAUUGCCAGAAACGAGCGUUUGCUGCAGCAGCUGGAAGAGGCUCUGAUGAACUGACUGCUGCAAAUGAAGAACGUUCCUCCAAUAGACAGCUAGUUUGAAUUUAUUAUAAAUCUGUCCUUUAAAGGUGGUAUAUACAGUUGUACCUCCAAUGUAAAUGCCUUUUGUUUUAUAUACACUCUCUAAAGCAGUAUGGCUUCUGUUUAUUUCUACAUCUGAGAAUCAAUCACACAUGCAUAUCUUGAAGUUGUGCAAAUUUGCUUGUUGGGUUUGUUCAACCAGGGUAGUUUACAUUUCAGACAGACCUUAAACAGGAUUUCUGUGCAUCCUAAAUAGUCUAAAUUUGCCCUUCCACAAAUUAAGGCCUUAAAAAGUCUUAAAUCAUAUAUUCAUGAAGUCGUGGCAUUAAUUGUCACAUGCCCUGCAAAAAAUGGUUUUCCAACACAAAUAUUUAAACAUCCUUAAACCAAGAUACAUUUACUUGAAAUGCAAAACUAACAUAGUUGAAAUCUUGUUUUCUGAGAAAUUGAGUUAACAAAUAAUUAUAAACUUCAUUUUGAAAUAUUUGUAUCUUAUUUUGCUUCUCGAUGUAUCUUGAUUUAUGAAAGCCUUUGAUUUAGGUCUUAAUAAUUGGUCUGAAAUAUGUCUUAUUAAAUUGACCUUCAUAAAACCCGCAGAAACCCUGGAAAAGUCUCAAAUCCAGAAAAAAGCUUCCAUGUGACAACUAGCCCCGAUCUCCUCUACUGCAGAACACAGUCGCUCGAGUCUUCAUGUGCGUUGGAAAUAAAGAAGAACCAGGCAGUUUUUUUUAUUCAAUACGAUGCUACAAAACAUUGACACGUUAAAAUCGCUUUACCAUCACCAUAUGGCAUGCAUAUCAGGAUACUGCAGAACAUUAAAAAACAUUUUAAAAAAUAAGACAGUAUUGUUCCUCAAAACAGAUGGUUAACAGUAUUUGGCAUUACGCACACAAAACAUUAAAAUCAUAUGUUAAAUACAACAACAUAUAUACUUAUUUAUGGUUUGUUAUCAUAAAUGAGAGUCACUUUCUGCGGGAGAGCUUGACAUUUAUGAUCCGUAGCCACUAUUCUUAUCUGAAAAUAGAUGUUUUGUAGAAGAAUAUGUCUGUACACUCUCACUCCUCCCUUCUUCGCUCCCUAGACAUGGACAAUAUCGUCUAUUGCAAAGUUCAGGGUUCCCACCGUCACAUAAAUAUCAGGGAGUUCAAAAUAUGUGAUUUUCAAAUCUGGAAAAAUCAUAACAUUUUAAAAAGUUCUUUUAAAAAUGUGCUCUAUUGGCUCAAGUAAAACUUAAUUGGGAGUGAAUCAUUCUUUUGAGUCUUUUUUUUUUUUUUUUUAAAUGAAUCAGUGAUUCACAAAUCAGUUUAUCACAUAAAAAAUGUUAUGGAAUUCUACAUUUGUGUUUUCCAGAUUUGGAAGGUCUUAAAAUGCAUAUAAUGAAUAUAGAUUUUACUAGUAAUGCACCGUUUUAAAAUAUUAAAUGUGACCCUGGAGCACAAAAGCAGUCUUAAGUCGCUGGGGUAUAUUUGUAGCAAUAGCCAAAAAUACAUUGUAUGGGUCAAAAUUAUAAAUUUUUCUUUUAUGCCAAAAAUUAGGAUAUUAAGUAAAGAUCAUGUUCCAUGAAGAUAUUUUGUAAAUUUCUUACUGUAAACAUAUCAAAACUUAAUUUUUGAUUAGUAAUAUGCAUUGCUAAGAACUUCAUUUGGACAACUUUAAAGGUGAUUUUCUCAAUAUUUAGAUUUUUUUGCACCUUCAGACUCCAGAUUUUUAAAUAGUUGUAUCUCAGUCAAAUAUUGUCCGAUCCUAACAAACCAUAAAUCAAUGGAAAGCUUAUUUAUUCAGAUGAUGUAUAAAUCUCAAUUUCAAAAAAUUUACACUUAAGACUGGUUUUGUGGUCCAGGGUCACAAAUAAACUAAAUAUUGUGCUUGCAUCGAGUAAAACUUGUUUGCAAGCCAUAAGUGGCCUGAUUUCUUUUGAGUGAGUCAGUGGUUCACAAAUCAGCUUGAAUGAUUCAUUAAAGAAUCGGAAUGAUUCUUUUUUUAAAAUGUCUAGUAAUGUAGUAUUCACAAGCGACUGGAAAUCUCACGGAAAGCCACUGAAGUGUGGGAACCCUGAAGGUUGGAUCUCGUCCAGCGUGUUCAGAUGGCAGUGCGUUUAUAAAUAAAUCCGAACACUGGUCAUGGUAAAGGGAAUGUAUUCAUUUAGACGUAUAUCAUGCCGGCGUUAGUUACAGCAUGCCACUUCUCUUGUAAACAUUGUUCUGUAGGCAGAAACACUGCACGUACGAAAAAAAAAACAGCAAAGUGCCUCGAUAUGACAUGUUAAAUAUAACAACAGUGCUUUUCAAACUAAAACCACAGCAGAAUACAAAAUACCUUUUAAUAUUUCAUUUGCAGCUUGAUCUAUUGCUAAUAAACAGGCCCAGACACAAUAUGCAGGCUUAAUCGCAUUUUCAAUGCUGCAUAAUGGAUUUUAAUAUGGUAAAAUGAGCUAAUAAUAAAGCUUAGAGUAGGAUAAUCAGAUUAGCCAAAGUAUUUCAUAAACGAACAUGCAAUUCAGCGCUGCAGAUUCUGUGUGGGUCUGAUUAUACGUGUUAAAAUCAUUAGAAACCUCAGCCAACUAUUUGUUUUUGUCAUGUUUGGCCAAAGUUUUUAGCUCAUAUGCACAGAGGAGUCUUGUAAGGACGGUCAGCCGUGUUUGAAAAUAUUCUGUCCGUAUUGAGGUAUAACGCAUGAUGCGUUGGGUCAGAUAUUGUGAUCAGAGCAAAUCCUGAACUUUUGCUGAUGGUGUUUCUUUUCACAUAUUAUAGUUAAUCAUUCCACAGUUAAAACACACAGGCAGUGUUUCAUAUUAUGCCAUUAGAAGCAUUAGAAAUACAUAGUUAUGCCAUCAAUACAAAAAAACAUCGACCAAACUACUAGAUAUACAAUCUUGAGCACCAGCGAUCAGUUCUUUAUGCAUCAAACAAUAAGUUAUGAUGGUUGGACUUUUGCAUCUGGAUGUUUUAAAAAAAAAAAAUAUAUAUAUAUAUAUAUAUAUAUAUAUAUAUAUAUAUAUAUAUGAAAUGCAAACAAAAUCAGUAGGUUUUUUUUUUUUUUAAGUAAAUGAGACGGGGAAGCAGAACCAAACGAUUAUCAAGUCAGUUUUUUUGCAUUAGUUAAACAAAAUAAAAUUUAUUUUGCAGAAAAUAUCAUCACCCUCAGGUCAUCCAAGAUGUGGAUGAGUUUUUUUCUUCAUCAGGUUUGUAGAAAUGUGUCUCUGCAUCAGUGUCUCAGCAAUGGAUGCUCUGCAGUGAAUGGGUGCCGUCAGAAUGAGAGUCUAAACAGCUGAUAAAGACAUCACAAUAAUCCACACCACUCCAGUCCAUCAGGUAACAUCUUGAGAAGACAAAUGUUUGUCAGAAACAAAUCCAUCAUCAAGACGUUUUUAACUCAAAUACGAGUCCAUAAUCUAUAAUAACACUUCCUCCAGUGAAAAUGAUGGAUUUGUUUCUUUUGUCUCAAGAUGUUAACUGAUGGACUGGAGUGGUGUGGAUUAUC